AUGAAAACUUACAGAAUAGAUGUUUUGGAUAAAAGUAAAUUAAUUGGUUCAAAAAAAAUAAACCUUGGUUUCAGUACAAGAGAAGCUAUUCGUUCUAUUGAUAUAUUUACUGACAAAGAUAUGUUAAUUUUCAGAACCGAUUGUCAAUUAAUUUUACAAACAAUAUGUUUGAAGUUAUUAUUAAAAUCACCUAUUAAGUAUAAGGUGGUAAAAGGUAUAUCAUUUUGUGAUCCAAGCAUAAUUGUUACAUCUGUAAAAGUGGCAAAUUAUAGAUUUAAAACUUGCUUGGAAACAUUUGUGGAAAAUCAUUGGGUUAGUGGCAUAGUGGAUAAAUAG